AUGAAUUACACACACACACACACACACACUGUAACCGAAUCGUUGAAGGAUAAGGUCCACCUGCGGACGCUGGGUACCGUGCAGAGAACAGCCCUCAUUCGCAUUCUCUCUGCAUUCAAGACCGUAUCCACCGCAGCGCUUGAGGUCGAAUCCUGCAUACUGCCAACCCACUUACGACUCAAACAAAGUGCACAGAUUGUCGCCGCCCGCCUUAGCACCCUCCCAGACGACCAUCCAGGCUGUGUGGUGGUGCGGACCCCAGCGUUCCUAGAGAUUGACAUUGAACCAGACCAUGACAAAGCCAAACACAAAGCAUCUGCUCUCCAAGAUACAGCCGGUAUUGCGGUUUUCUCGGAUGCGUCAGGCCAACAUAACCAUCUAGGAGCCGCAGCAGUCGCCCUAGACCGAAAUAAUAAUGUGAUCCAACAGCGGAAAGUCAGCAUUGGCUCUAUGGAAUACUGGUCGGUAUAUGCAGCCAAGCUCAUGGCCAUAUACUAUGCCAUUAGUCUUGUCCUCAAGAUCGCGAUGGAAACUCGGCAAGCUAUGACAGAUAGACAGGAACCGGCAACUAUCCUGAGUGAUAGCAUGUCAGUGCUUCAAGCCCUCUCCAAUGCACGGAAUAAGUUAGGACAGAGGAUCAUCCAAGCGGUUCAACAAUCAGUGCAAGAGUUGCAAACACAGGGAAUCCCACUCCGCCUCCAGUGGGUGCCGGGACAUUGUGGUGACCUGGGCAAUGAGGCGGCUGAUCGGCUGGCCAAAGAAGCCAUGGGCCCCGAGAAAGAACACCCCUUUCAACAUCUACUGUCGCGGGAGAAAGGAUUUAUCCGCAACCGAAUCCAGAAGGAAUGA